CGAAUUUCAGUAACUCGUACCUUGCGAAACAGUUUGAUCCCGUUGUCAGCUGAUCUGCCAUCGAUUUCCUUCCUCUUUCUUUGUGUUUAUUUAUUUAUUUUUUACAAAUAAGUUUUCAACGGCUGUCACAACCGUUCGCCGACCUCAUCGCGUCGCUAAAUUCUGUUAAAAAAAUAUUCUUUUACGUGGAGAUUAAAAAGCUCUCCCUCAGUCUUGUGCACGAGAAAUUCUGUACACACCUUGUGAUGUAGGAAUUUUAUAACCUCGCAGAAGCAGCUUUGCAAGCCACGCGGUAUUUCGUCAUGUCCAGUGUUUCCAAAGUGUCUGGAGGAUGAAGAGAUAAAUGACCUUUACUACUAUUUAACCGUAGAGAACAUUAAUAUUAAUUAAGAAGUUAGUCUUUGGAGAAUAAGAAGACGGUACAUGAACAUAUAUAGAGAAAAGUAUCUUCUUGGAGAAUAAUUUUUUACACAUUUGCAUGUGGAUCAUCUAAGUUUUAAAUAAUCAGAAAAAUGUCGGAAAUAUUUGUCAAGCGAUUUACCGAUCUCCUGAAGGAUCAGCCCAGGGAAGCUCUGGAACUUUUCACAUCGCAGAGCAAUGAAGUGAUUGAGGACGCAGUAAGCGAGAUUGUGCCUAUUGCCGCUUCCUAUCUCACUGAAUCUUACUCGCAAUCCAAGGAAGAACUAUUUGAAUGCUGCAAGAGUGUGUUAAACAUCAUAGCGGAGAGAUGUAAUCCCAUGGAAACUGUACUGGAGUUCCUAGAACAGAUAGAGUGUCUGAAUGAUAUCAAAUUCUGUGCCAUUAUGGAACCACUAGGUAUAUGUAUGAUGAAGAUGCAAGACAAGAGCAAGGGCAUCGAGUGGUGCAUCAAUACCAUCAAGUCAUACAUCGAGGAUUUAGCAUCGUUAGACGAUGUUGAUAGUAACAGAAUCGUGAAUGUAUAUAAAGGAAUCAUAUUAUUUUUGGAACCAUUGGUACAAGAAGCGGUGAAGAUUAACUCUCAACUCGAAGAAGGAUCAUUGCUUGGGGAUUAUCUUUUGAGCUUCCUUAUUUCUCUGUGCGACAAGCUAUCCUAUUACUGGAACAAAAAUAUUGCUGAAGAAGGGAUAUGUGAAGAAUUCUUAGAAGAAAUAAUAACACUAUCCUUUUCUCUAACUGGAGACAUAUUAUAUUUCUUGAACAUUGUUAGCAAACGUCAUAGAAAUUUUAUCUGCAAGAAGUUACAAGAAGGACAUUUAUACACUGAAAAUUAUAAACGUAGUAUACUUUUUGAAUCGAGUGAUAACAUAUCAGAUUUAGCCUAUGCUAAUUUUUAUUUCUACAUAAUUACUAAAAAAGAUUAUUGGAAAAAUGUACCACAAAUUUAUAGUCCUUAUUACAUAUUUGAAAUGUGCACAUAUUUUUUUGAAAUUUUGCUUUGCGAAAAGGGAGACAUUGUAAUCUCGAAUGGAUUAUUUUUUAUGAAUACUGUUAUAAAGCGCGUUUUACCUCGGUCUGUAGAUUCUAAAGUGUUGGAACUACAAAUAUAUUUAGACUUAUUUAAAUCACUUAUUAAAAUAAUGAUUUACUGUAGUAAUGAUACGGAACGAAAAAAGGCGUUAGACAUUUUUCAAAAGUAUAUCGAAAUAUUUAAUAUAGAAGCUAGAUAUUCUGUUAUCUUGUAUUUGUAUGAAAUUAGCGAUCAUUCUGGUUUACUGAGCUUGAUCACUAGUAUACUUAAAUCUUCUAUCAUCGAUUGUCUUAACUCGACUCCACGAAAUCCUCAGUUUCUUGGAAAGAAUCUACAAUUGAUAUUAAAAAAAAUUUGUAAUUUGUCACAUGGAAGUUCGUCGGAUUUAGUUGAGAUAUCAGAUGAAGUUAUUACUACAUUGAACCUGUUGAGAUUCUUGUUUAUCAGAGAUAAGUACAAUGAAACAGGUAUUUGGAAUAUUACAAAUAUGCUAAAAAAUAAUUAUUUGAAUCCAUUGAGAGAAGGAAUACAUUUAUGUAAAACGCAUUGGGAAGUAAAGAUAAAGGAUUUAGAGCAACAAAAAAAUAAUUAUAAUAAAAUACACGAUUAUAAGGAGAUGAAGAAGGCCCACGCAGAAGUUUCGUUGACUGUAGGUGGUGAAGAAUUACCAGUGAUGCCACUUCCAGAAACAAUUUCUUUCUGUUAUCAAGCGAUAAAUGGUCUAGAUGUAAUGCAAAGUAUUCUUAUCCGGGUUAAUGAAUGUAUAGAUGCUGACAAAGAAUUCCCAUUAAUACAGUAGCUGAGUAAAAUUUUGAAACCAUAAGAUUGUCAUAAGCUAUAAUUGUAUACUGUUAAUUUUAUUGGUACAUGUCAUGUAUAAUUAAACAUAAAUUUUUUUACUAUCAUGUUAUGUAAAUUAUCUAAGAUUUAAUAAAAUAUUUCUUUUUAAUACA